AUGACUUCAAUGAUCGUUCUUGACGAUAUUCACGACAAUGAGGUUGUGCACCAGCGAUGUCUCCUCCUCACGGGGCGAUGCAAAAGCGCCGUAGGCGAUGAAUGCCAUAUCAAAGUCGUCGCCAAAGACACCAGCGGACGAGUCACAUUCCCCGAACAGCGUUGGCCCAUGGCUCACGGCGUGUUCAAGGCAUUGGCUAUGUUGACACCAGGCGACAAUGUUCUUCAUAUCACGUCAGGGCAGAAUUCAGCCCACUCGGUCGAAAUUUGUAUCCAAUAUGUUCCACUGCUCCAAACGCCCCCUCUACAUCUCGCCAUCAUGGUGGCCAAAGACUCUCCCCUCAUGGUUGACUGCCCGCCUCGCAAGUUUGGCGCGAUAUCCAGCGCCCACUCCAACUUGGAUGCGGCCAUUGCGAAGCUUCGCGUAACGGCUUACAUGUGGCAAGCCCUCACGGCAGAAGAGAUGAGAUCCAACGGGCUCGGGAGAAGGUCAUUUCGUCUUGAGGAUGAGUGGUCACCCGAUACCACGAGCCGCGCCUUUACAAAUGAGACUGCCAUGAACUCUACAGCCAAAAUCCACCUCAUUCGUACCGAGAAGACUGUAGCCGAGCUCAGGGACGCCCAACUGGCCCAGCAGAACCCGAAUGCCAGCCGAAGCAAUGAGCUGCACGAAGUCUUUACCGAAGCUCUCCUUGAGCACGGGGCUCCGUUUACCCAAGACGCUAGGCCCGUCGUUGCCGGCAUGAUACUUGACUCGCAUUACGACACCAAGAACAGGUUGAUUGUGGCUCAUGCCGCUCUAGGCGGUCACAAUAGUGACGGUCUUUCACUGGGCAUAUUUGGCAGUCAUUUGACAUAUUCGUGGCCCCGGUUCAUGGAGGAGAUCCCCGACUGCCUCUUAGACAUGGCAUCACCAGGCGAUUGUGUAGGAAACGACAAUGGCGAGUGUGUAUCCAUGUGGGAAGCCUGUUCUGUUGGACAAGGAGCCUUCUUGCACGAAGUUGGUCAUGCUUUCUCUGCACCACACACAACCGGCAUCAUGAGCAGAGGAUACUCCCAGGAUUGGCCAAAAGGCUUCCUCUCAAAGACGGCGUACUGCCAGUACAACACGACUGAGGGUAUAUCUCCGGUCACUCCCGACACGCCCAACGACUGCCACUGGGAUAUCAGAGACUUGCUCCGGUUUCGCAAUCUCAUCCAUUUCCGCCUCCCUUCUGAUGUCGACCUGGGAGAUGCCUCGCCUCGCUAUGAACUUCACGACGACGAAGACUUUCUUCGCGUUGUCGUCACUUCUGAAGCUGGAAUGGCCCGAGUCAUGCUCAAUGGGACCCUUGAAGCCAGUCCGUCCGUGAAAGACCCAGCCACGUCCAUCCAGUUUACCUUGGACGAAUUGGAGACCCGGUUUGAUCGCGACCAGCCCUUGGAACUCGAGGUUGUUGCCAUGAAUGGAAAACAUCGGACCUGGGACAUGUGGAAAUUAUUCUCCGACACAACGUACAUUCGCAUCCCUGGUACUGGAAUCCGCCUCACGAAGAAGAGUGUCGCUGGUGACAACAGCCAAAGUGAUGACUGGUCGUGGGUGGUCAUGCUGAAGAAGAGAGGUCGAGAUGGAUCCAUUGUUUCCGCAUCCAAGGUCGACAUCCGGGUCGGCUGCGGCCUCGACGGCGCCAUUGUGUACUACAAAGACGGCACGAGUAUCCCCUGUGGUCCUCGAGGCAAGCAUGGUCAGGAUCCUCACAUGGGCGGCCAUCAGGCGAAGAAGCUUGCGAUUCCCAGAGGCGUGGACAUUGCCAAAGUCGCGGUUUCGAAGCAUGGCGGCUGGGAUCUGAACGGUUUGAGGUUGGUGCUGUCAAACGGUAGAGCCAUGGGCGCACUGAAUAAGGGACAGGGAGGUUCUGUGGAAGUACUUGUCCCUGAGGAUGGUCAUAGAAUCGUCGGAUUCUACGGCACUAGUGGUCAAUACGGGAUGUGCAAAGAGUUUGGCAUUGUGACAGCGCCGGUUGAUAUCAAGAUUCCGGAUUCGGCCUACGACUUGCCCGAGUUGCAGAAUAAUCCCGAAGGGGGUUCGGGUCGAGCCUCCAAGCGCAGGAGACAAGACUCCGAUACGGAAGAUGAUGAAACCGAAACUUCAGAGGAUGACGACGAUGGUUACGACAACGACUCUGAUGCUGAUGACAUUUAG